AUGGGAGGCUCAGGGAAUGAACGUCUCGAUUUUGGAAAAAUGGGUUACGGAUGCAAGCAUUAUAGAAGAAGAUGCCAGAUUCGAGCUCCGUGCUGCAACGAGAUCUAUCCAUGUCGUCAUUGUCACAACGAAGCCACGAGCAUGUUGAGCAACCCUUUUGAUCGGCAUGAGCUCGUCCGCUACGAUGUUAAACAAGUUGUUUGUUCAGUUUGUGACACAGAGCAGCCGGUUGCACGAGUCUGUACAAACUGCGGUGUCAGUAUGGGGGAAUAUUUCUGUGAAAUUUGCAAAUUCUACGAUGAUGAUACUGAUAAAGGGCAAUUUCAUUGUAAUGAUUGUGGGAUCUGCAGAAUUGGCGGUCGUGAGAAAUUCUAUCACUGCAAGAAGUGUGGGUCUUGCUAUUCAGUUGGUCUACGCGAUAAUCACUUGUGUGUGGAGAACUCCAUGCGGCACCACUGCCCCAUUUGUUAUGAGUUCCUUUUCGACUCGCUGAAAGACACUACUGUAAUGAAAUGUGGUCACACAAUGCACUGUGAAUGUUACAAUGAAAUGAUGAAGCGUGACAAAUACUGUUGUCCAAUAUGCUCCAAGUCAGUGAUUGACAUGUCCAGAACCUGGAGGAGAAUAGAUGAGGAGAUAGAAGCAACAGCGAUGCCUGAGGAUUACCGGUACAAGAAGGUAUGGAUCCUGUGCAAUGAUUGCAACGACACUACCGAAGUUUACUUCCACGUUAUUGGGCAGAAAUGCAACCACUGCAAAUCAUACAACACCCGCACGAUUGCCCCUCCAGUUCUUCCUCAAUGA